UCUUUGUGGAUGGAAGGUUGUGGAUUUGUGUGUCUCAGUCUCGCGGAUCAAAUGGAGACAAAAAGCGAAGGAGUAAAGGAAGCGUCGACUUGAGAUUAGAAAUCGGGUCUGCUGAGUGCUGAGAUUAGCCGAAUCAAUGCCUGCAACUGCCAUACAAUUGAAUGCUCACAACCCCAUUAUCGUAGAACACAGAAUCUCACUAUCACAGCCAUCUGUGAAGAGCCUGAUUUACAGGAACAUCUUAUGUUCUUGUAUCGACUCUCAUGGAAGAAAUAAACCUUUGUGGAGUGCUUCAGAAAUAGCAGAAGCUGUGAACGGAAGAAUCAUAAAAUGGGGUCCCUCUGGAACAAUCUCCACAGAUAGUAGAACUCUGAAGCCAGGCCAAUGGUUCUUUGCCUUAGUUGGGAAAAACUUCAAUGCCCAUGAUUUUGUGAGCCCUGAAUUAUAUGGAAAAGGAUGUGUUGGUGUCAUAGGUAAUCAUGUUUGCAAAAAAUGGGAGAUGGGUUUUAUUCAAGUAGAGGGGGAUACUUCAACAGCAUUGCAGAAGAUGGCAAAGUAUGCUAGGAAGAGGUUCAAUGGUCGUGUGGUAGGAAUCACUGGAAGUGUGGGAAAGACUACUACAAGAACAAUGAUAACGCAUGCUCUGGAAACAAUUGGUUCAGUUUAUCAGACGCAUGGUAACCAGAACAAUCACAUUGGAGUUGCUUUGAGCUUAAUUGGCAUUCCAGGAAAUGUUGACACUGCAGUUCUGGAGCUGGGAAUGAGUAGUAAGGGAGAGAUUCUGGAGCUUGCACAGAUGUGUCGACCAUCGGUGAGAGUGCUUUUGAAUGUUGAACCCUCUCAUUUGGUGAAUUUUGGGAGCUUGGAGGAGGUUGCAAGAACCAAAGGGGAGAUUCUCUUGGAGGCAAACCCAGGGGAUAUCUGUGUUCUGAAUGCAGAUGAUCCUCUUGUUAUGAACCUUCCAGUCCCAGAGGGAGUUAAAAAGGUACUUUUUGGCAGGAGAAUAGGGUGUGAUGUUUGCUUAGUUCAGGCGGAAAGUACUAAUGGUGGUUGUGGAGUUCGAGUAAAACUGGAAAGUACUACUGAACAGGUUGAAUUUGUGAUUCCUAGUCCGGGUAUGCAUUUGGCAAUCAAUGCAUGUGCUGCUGCUGCAGUUGCAGUUACUUUCGGAGUUUCUAUGUCUGAACUUGGAGAGUCCUUAUCAAGAUUUUUACCCGUUCACAUGAGAGCUAAGCUUGAAAUUGCCCAAAAUGGCAUCAAAAUAAUUAAUGAUGCCUACAAUGCCAACCCCACCAGCACCAGAGCAGCAAUAGAUUUGCUAAAAGCAAUGGAUUGCAAUGGCAAAAGGGUUGCUAUUCUUGGAGAUAUGCUAGAACUUGGUCCAAUGGAAAAAGAGGCUCAUGAGAUUGUGUUGAACCUCUGUUGUGAUGCCCAUCUUGGUCUGGUAGUAUUGAUUGGGAAGAGAUUUCUAGCUGCAGCUGAGAAUUUGAAUUUAACUAGGAAGAUAAAUUUUAUGUGCACACUUGAGGUAGAAGAGCUUUCACUAAAAAUUGCAAAAAGGUUAAGCAGUAGCGAUAUUGUUUUGGUGAAGGGUAGUCGUGGAUUGCAAAUGGAGAAGGCUGUUGCUGAAAUCAAGGCCAUGCAUUUAGAUGGUUCCUGUUAAACUUUUCUCAGCACUUUAUAAUUGAAAAUAGAUGUUCUCAAAUAUUUUUCAAACUUCUGGGUUGGCUCUUAUUUUACUAGAUUUCAGAGAAGUGUCUGUAUUAAGAGUCUUUUGAGACAGUCUUUUAGGCUAUGUUAGAGCUGGAAAAUGUUUGGCGUGGUGGUAGUAAAAUAGAAUAAAAGAUAGUUGUGAUUUUCAGUUGUUUAUACUUUGUUUUGAGUGAUUACUCAUCACCCUUCAUGAUUGUAAUCUUUUAUUCUAUUUGAAUGAAAUUUUCUUCUGCA